AUGACCUCCAUUACCGAAGGCUCCCACCAAGCGGUUGCCGUGCUGCUGGGGCAGUCGCUGAAGCCGGAUGGCUCGGCUCCACAGGUUCUGCUGGAUCGGGCUCAUAUGGCGAAGAAGCUCCUGGAUGAAGGUACCGUGGUCAAGGUGAUCGUCUCCGGUGCGGAUCCCGCCGGUGUGGGCCACACCGAAGCCUCGUUGACGGCCCACGUCCUGACGCAGGUGGGGGUGCCCUUGGACGCCAUCCUACAGGAGUCGCAGGCCACGACCACGGCGGAGAACGCGUGGUUCAUGUUGCGGUGGAUCCCGAAGAACACCGGCCGAGUGGUGAUCAUCACCUCGGACUUCCACAUGGCGCGGGCCACCUACAUCUUCCAGGAGGUCUUUGCUCACUUCUAUCAGACGAUGGAAGACACCUACAGAGACGAUCCACGAUGGAAGAGUGCCUCGAAGAGGUAUCCCAGAUUGGAAUUGGUGCAAGCUCCCACGGCGAGUUUCUGUGGCAGCGAUGCGAGUUUGAACAGGGACAACGACCCCAAAGCCGACAUCAAUUCCUAUUCCUUGGCCAAGCGCGCCCGGGACGAGCUGCGCUUCUUAGCCUCGGGCGAGGUGACCAACUCCCUCUACGGAGAGCCCUUGAGCCACAUCCUGUACGUGUGGCCCAUUCAGAUCAACGUGACCCAAGAUCCGAACAACAACCAGACCUAUCACACGGCCCUGGCGCAAUCCAUGACCGUUGCAGAGGCCUUGUGCCAAUGCGUCUCGCCCCCCAGCAGGGACGGCGCGGCGGCCGUGCCGUAUCCCUUGAGCUUUCCCAUCGCCGAGUCCUCGCGGAAGCCGUCCGAGUGGCACGAGAUCUGCCCGGAGGUGCGGACGGUGAUGGCGUAG